CGAAGCAGCAUGGGCCGAAACUCACCCGCUCUCAUCAGUGGGAUAUACCUCGUGCCUGACCACCAUCAAAGUCCGCGACGGGACCGACAUCAGCGUCAAGCUAUCCCAUCCCACCCAUCAGCAGAGUCAGACCAAACUUCCCGUCCUAUUCGUCACCCAUGGCGGCGGCUGGGUCCAAGGAACGCAUAUCACCGAAGAAGUCUGGCAUCUGUGGCCACUGUACUCUCACUUCGACCUGGCAAUCAUCAGCGUCGAGUAUCGUCUUGCUCCUGAACACAAAUUCCCCACAUGGAUGAAUGAUAGUUGGGACGUCCUCGAGCAAUUGCUGUCCGACCCAGAGGCACUCGUCGCCAGCUUUGGCCCGCAAGCGAAUAUCUCGAUCGACACCCAGAAGGUCAUCCUGUCGGGCUCUUCCGCUGGGGCCGGCACAGCGGCAUAUCUCUCGCAGACAUGCCGGGACAAGAACAUUUCUAUCUUCGGCCUCGCACUCAACGUUCCCCUCCUAUGCGACUAUCGCCACUUACCGCCAGACUGCACGACGUCUUACGAGCAAUGUACCGACUCACUCCUCUCGUCUGGCGAAAUGCGCGCAGUCUGGGAUCUCAUCAUCCCGUCGCCCACGGUCGGUGCUGAUCCCAAGGCGUCGCCUCUUUUCGGGGCCGUGGCACGCCUACCCAAACAUUUAAUCUUUGUGGCGGGACAAGAUCCUCUGCGUGAUGAGGGGCUCGCGUACGCGAGGAAAUUACAGAGCGCGGGCGUCAAUGUCAAGUUGCAUGUUUAUCCGGGCGUUCCGCAUAACUUCGCCGAGUUCUGGGAGUUGGAUGCGACGCAAAAGUUCUGGAAUGAUAUUCGGACGGGAUUGAAAGAGUGGCUGACGUGAAUGACGAAUGAGACGUAUAUAAGCUACGCCGCAC